GGCAUGCCAAGCCAAUCUGCCAUGACUAUUUAUCCCCUGCAGAUCCUAUUAUCCAGUCAACCUUGACAUGUAGAAAAUACUCCCUUUGGUCGGAACACUUUGAUAUGGUACAUCUUCAGGAAGAUCAUUUAAGGUUGGUAGAUCGGCACAUAUAUACAAAAGGAGAAUACUAGUGGUAACAGGAUCUGGAACUUGAAAGAUUAUCUGGAUCUCAGACCCAGGAGAUCUGCUGUACUUCAGAAUCGAUCACUUUCAUGUGGGACAAAGAAAAACUUGCCUACUAUUCUUCUAUCAUAUGGAUUGUGCUGGAUUGAGCAUUGGAACUCUGCUAUACAAUUUCUGAUGGAUUUGUGACCUAUACAAUACCAUAUUUGAAUGAAAAUAGUGAAUGACUGUGGACUUGACUGUUAACAAACACGUUUUAAUGUUUUUGCCAUCUCUCAAUCACCUCCUUCCACACCACAUUAAUGAUAAAGAGUAAGCGCAAUGUCCACACAUCAGCUGGAUAAAUCCAUAAUAAAAACUGGAUAAAGGACAAAGACUGUGCUUAGUAAUGGCUAAGGACACAAACAUAGCCAUUUGGCCUUUUCCACUGGUAUUCUCUGACAAUGGGAAAAAUGGUAGAAGGCUUCAAGGUCUUUGUCCUCUUCCUUUCCUCAUAUAUUCACUUCUAAUAAUUUCAGCAUUGUCCUCAGUGGGACUUGGCAAUGUUCUAGGAGUAGAGUAUGAUUGGGGAGCUCAGCCCAAGUUAAUUUGCAUGCCGCUACCUGCAGACACUGAUCCAAAUUGUUUUCCCACAGAUGGGGGUACUAAUGGCCCUAGCAUCAAUGGACAUAACAAUGGUCAUAGCAAUAGCCACAGUAAUGGACAUGGGAAGGGACAUUUUGUUGGAGGCUUGCCGAGUCCUAGUGCCAGCAGUAGUCGAAGGGGCAUAUCUGAUGAGGCAAAAGCUACAAUUCUGCACUUGAGGGAAAGCCUGGUGCGUCAGAAGGAGACCAUUCUGGACCAGAGGGAAACUAUACGGGAAUUGACGGCAAAACUGACACUCUGUGAGGGCUUUGGGAGGGGUGCAAGUGGCCACCACAGUGAAGACCACCAUGGAUAUCAUAGCUCUCAGCACUCUUCACCUCACUAUGACAGUGACCAUCAUUCUGAUCCGCACUAUCCUCUCAAUGGGUACCACAAUGACCAUCACAGAGGAAAGCAACCUUUUCUGGGGAAACAUGAAUUUUCUCCUGAACAGGCAGGGAAGACAUUGCAAGCCCUGAAAGAGAGGCUGGAAAAUUUACAGGCAAGGAACUCAUCAAGCACCUACUCUAGUUCACUGAAAGACCUUUUGCAGCGCAAAAUUAAUGCUCUUGAAGAACAGCUUCACCGUCAUUAUGAAGGUCACCAUGACAAUGGAUCCCACGAAACCCACCCUGAGCAUAGGUAUCCUGAGACGCACCCUGAUGACCACCAUGCAGAGCACCAUGAUGACCACGAUAACAUUCACCGAAAUGGUCACCAUUACAGUCAUUAUUAUGGCCAUCACUAUGAUCGACUCAGCACACGCCACAACGAUAAUGAUAAUCAUCACGAUGACCAUCAGAACAGUCAUAAUGAUGACCACCAUGACAGCCACCAGAAUGAACACCACGAUGAUCAUCAUUUUGACCCCCAUGACAGUGGUCACCAUGGCAAUGAUGAUCGUGGCCACCAACGUCACAGCCCUCUGAAGCCAACAGCAUCUAGAGCACGUGGUGCCUACAAUAAUUUGGAUUCAGUGCUGAGCCAUUUGUAUCACAGGUCCCCAGAAACAGGGAACAACAAGACACCUAAGAAUCCUGAUGGGUUUCAAAUUGGAUUUCCCAUGCACACUAACUACAUGUAUGGGAGGAUCAAGCGCACUCUUCUCAAUGAAAUCUUUGCCCUAACUGUCUGCCUUUGGCUAAAGGGGGGUUCAGGCUCAGGAAUUGGCACCCCUUUUUCUUAUUCUGUUCCUGGCCAAGCUAAUGAGCUUGUCUUAAUUGAAUGGGCCAACAGUCCAAUAGAAUUACUGGUGAAUGACAAAGCUGUAACUCUACCCCUAUCUCUGAAAGACAGUAAGUGGCACCAUUUAUGUGUGACAUGGUCAACUCGAGAUGGCAUAUGGGAGGCCUAUCAGAAUGGAGUGAAAAGGGGAUCUGGGGAAAAUCUGUCUCCGUGGCAUCCCAUAAAACCAGGAGGUGUCUUCAUACUGGGACAGGAGCAGGACACCCUUGGUGGCCGCUUUGAUGCCACACAGUCAUUUGUUGGAGAAAUGUCAGACCUACAGGUAUGGUCACGUGUUCUUAAUUCUCAAGAAAUAGACAACCAAGCAUCCUGUUCCAGCCACCUUACUGGAGACGUGAUUGCAUGGAGUGAGUCCAUUGUGGAACUUCAUGGAGGGGUUACCAAAUACCCCUUCGACCCUUGUCACUAAAAGCCCAAAUGGGCUGCUGCUACUGCUUCUCAACCUUUAGAAUCUUAAUGUCGUAAAUAAGAACUAUUACUCAAAUGCAAGGCACACGUCAUUAGAAGCAGAAAGACCCUUUUUAAAUACCCAAGAUAAAAAAAUGUUGUUGUUUUUUCUGGUCUAGACCUCACAUCCAUGUUUUUUCAAUAUCUGGGAAAAUUGGCUCAAUUUCACUAUCAUUGUUUGGUUACAGCAGUUUGUAUAGAAAAAAUAAUAAUACAAAAGUCAGAUCAACACUUCUCUACGAAUUAACAUAACAAACACUGUAAAUUUGUGUCAACACGCAAGUCAACACUCACUAGUUUAUUGCACAACACAAUAUUUGGACACCUGCUGGAAAGGCAUGGAUAGCAAUCAAGAGGUUAAUAAAGAAAUAUGAAGUAGACUUAACUAUACUCAAUCUCUUAUUUCAAUAUAUCUGUACAUUUCAACAUAUGAAAUGUUGGCAUGAGCUGUUUGCUUUCAAAGAACAGCUCUCAAGGUAAGCACAAGUGGAGAUAAUAUCAUCUUUCCAUCUUUCACUGUAACAAGUCAUAUUCGACUUUUAACAAUGGACAUUGUCAUAGAAAAAUGUUUUCCAGAUUGAGAAUAUAAAGUUCAAAAUCAUACAUUUUUCCUUAUUAGUUUUACACUUUAUGAACAAGACAUCGAAUGUUCAUUUAACUAUUGAAAUCACUCUGUUUUGAUUGUUUUCAAACUAAAUUUCAGUAUUAGCAAUAGUUUGAUACACUGAAACCAGUACUACAUGCACUAUGUGCUGAUCACACAAUGCUUUAUUCACUUGUGGCUUCUCUGGAAUAUAUUCUGCAGUAUUUUUUUUAUCCGGCCACAGUUACCAGUUACAGUGAACUCUGAAAUAAAUGUAAAUGUACAUAGUCCGAAUUUCAAGAGAUAAUGGCAUACAAAAAUCAUUAUAUUGAAAAAAUAUAAAAAAUCCUAUAAAUGAUGUUAAAUAGUGUAUAUGUAGCUGGGAAAAUCUUGAAAACAAUGAUAACAAUGAAAAAAAUGACUGCAGAUUUAAAGGUUUCAUUAAAUGAUCGGGAAAAUGAUCACAAUCUAAUGUUCUUAGGGUUAAAAAUAAUAAUAAUAAUCAUAUCACAUGCUUAAUAUCGUUCCUGCCAUUUAUUUUACUAUGACAAAGAAAAUUUGAAAGCAACAAGAUUAUGACCAGUUUAAUGGUUAAAAAAUAUUUAUCAAAGAAACACUUGCAAAUAUUUGUAUUAGAUAUGGAAGCAGCACUUAGCAGCGCCGCACAGUGAGGACAUUUUGGGACCUAUGUAAAUGCAUUCAAAUGUUUCUUACUCAAAAUAAAGAAACAAACUGAGAAAAAA